GUUCUCACCGGGCAUGGCUGCUUUGGUGUGUACCUGCACCGCAUAGAGAAAGAGGCCACGACAAAAUGUCACCACUGCGACGAGGAGAGGGACACGGCGCAGCACACGCUGGCGCAUUGUCCAGCGUGGGCAGAACAGCGCCGUGUCCUACAGAGGGAGGUAGGCCGAGACCUCUCCCUCCCGGCCAUAGUGGCGGUUAUGGUCGGGGACCAGGAAAAAUGGAGGGCCUUUACCAGCUAUUGCGGCUCGGUGAUGGCCUGCAAGGAAGAGGCCGAGAAGAUCCGUCGCGGGAAGGUAGACCCUCCGGCGGACCUCUCGGAUCAAGAUUAA